AGCACCUUGGGCUCGAGGGUGAGCACCGCUCAUGCGCCUGGAAGAACGCGGCGCGCGAGCAGCCGCGCGGCGCCUGCUGCGGGACAAUGCCGGGCAUACUGGAGAAGAUCGCGGCCUUGGAGCACGAGAUGGCCAUCACGCAGAAGAACAAGGCCACCACCACGCACCUAGGCUCGCUGAAGGCGAAACUCUGCGCGCUGAGGCGGGAGCUGCUGAACCCAGAGAAGGCGGGGGGCAAAAAGGUUCCUGGCUUCGAGGUGCAGCGGUACGGCAAUUCCCGCGUGGCGCUUAUCGGCUUCCCGUCCGUGGGCAAGUCAUCCCUCCUCACGGCCCUCACCGGGGUUGAGUCCGAGGCGGCGGACUACGAGUUCACCACGCUGACCUGCAUCCCUGGAGUCGUCCACCUGAACGACGCCAAGAUCCAGCUCCUCGACCUACCCGGCAUCAUCAGUGGCGCGGCACAGGGCAAGGGCAGGGGGCGACAGGUAAUCGCCACCGCGCGCUCGGCUGACAUGAUCCUCAUGGUGCUGGACGCCACCAAGGACGACGCGCAGAGGCAGAUGCUCACCAAGGAGCUGGAAGACGUCGGCAUCCGCCUCAACAAGCAGAGGCCGAAAAUCUCUGUCAACCGCACCAAGACUGGCGGCCUGAAGUUCAACGCCACGGUUCCCCUCUCCAUCCUGAGCUACGAGAUGUGCCAUGGCAUCUUGCAGACGUACAAAAUAUUCAACGUGGAUGUGGUUAUACACGAGGACGCCAGCAUCGACGAUUUCAUCGACGUGCUCGAGGAGUCCGGCACGACGCCCCGAGUGUAUAUGAAGUGUAUCUAUGUAUACAACAAGAUAGACAUGCUGUCGAUCAAGAUGGUAGACACGCUGGCUAGGCAGCCUUUCACCCAGGUCAUUUCCGUCAGGCAGAAGAUGAACUUAGAUGGCCUCUUGGACAGAAUAUGGCAGGAGCUGGCAUUAGUCCGCGUGUACACGAAAAAGAAGGGCAUGUUCCCCGAUUUCAGCGAUCCUCUUGUUAUGACGCCCCAGAGAGGGAACAAAUUUCUCACGGUGGAGAAUGCGGUGGGCAUGCUCCACAAGAGCUUAUUAGAGGAGUUCAAGUCGGCGCUAGUGUGGGGCACCAGCGUUAGGUCCUCGCCCCAGAUCUGCGGCAAGACGCACGAACUCCAAGACGAGGACGUGAUGCAGAUCCAGAAGCUCACGCAGGCGGAGAGGGCGCGGAAGUCGCACGGAAAGAAGACGGGCCAGACGGUCGCGGGCACCGGCAUCCCGGUGGACCCGAAGGCCGCGCGGGACAAAAAGGACAAGGCACCGUUGAAGACCUGAGCUCGGCAGACCCGCCUGCGAGGUGGGCCUCUAUGGCCUCAGCCUCGGCCAGGUUCCCUCUGCCUCCCCUCGCGCUCCCUCCCCGUCGGCUCGUCAACCUCACGCCCGCUGGCGCGCACGCGCUGGCGGACCAAGAGCAAAAGGCAGCCA